AUGGUGAUAAUGCUAGUACCAUCUCUGAUAUGGACAAUCGUAGUAUUCAGUUGUGUCGCUGCGAGACCUAAAAGCUAUGGGAAUGCGUUUGAUGUACAGAAAGCAAAUGCAAUGCAAAAAAAGAUGGAAAUAUCAAGGAAAGGGCGACAUUUGCAAAUGAAUUUAGAAACUUCAGAAGCUAUUGGAAAAGUUAGCGGUGAUAUACUCAUAAGAGAAAAGAGAAACUAUGAAAUGCAUGACUGGCUAACGCAAGAGCAGAAACAAGAAAUUCGAGCGAUGGAAUCCGAGGGAUUGCCUAGGAGUGAAAUCGUGACCAGAAUACUUGGAUUUUUCUCUAAAUUGUUAUCUGAAGAGAAAGAUAAGUGGAAUGAAGUGUACAAGAAACAAUGUAUUGAAUGGAUUGGGACGGUUGCUAACGAUAGUGAGAUAGCUGAGCUAGAAGCUUUAAGAAGCAAAAAGAAUGUCAAAGAAUACGAAGCAAAAUUGAGUGAGUAUAAAAGUCGUCUAUCAGAAAGUGAACAAGAUCAGAUCAACUUGUGGCAGGAUGGUUGCAACAAGUUAAAUAGUUUGGAUAUUCAACAAGGUACGCAUCAUAUGAUGUCUCGACGUGAUCUAUCACAAAACAAGGAAAAUGCUUAUCUUCUUUCUAAUGAACAGAUUGCUUUAUUAGACGAUAUGAGAGCUAGUGGAGCCAGCGAAGAGGACAUAAAACGCAAACUGGAACAAUAUUAUUCGGCAUUUCCAGAGCACAAAAGAAAGGAAGUAGAUCAUCAGUUCAAAGCGAAAUGUAUUCAAUGGAUACAAGAUGUAGCGAGUUUUCAUGAAAUUCAAUUGUUUAUCAAUUCAUUUGAGAGAAGAAAUCGAUUAGUUUUCAACAUCUUACUUGAUGAGUAUUUCGACCGAUUGCCUAAAAAACAACAGAAUAAAGAACAAUAUACCAAAGAUAUAUGUCGUGAAAUGUGGAGAGAAGCAAUGAAUUCCAAUCGUCGGAAGCGUUACGUGGAUGAAAAAUAUAACGAAUGGAUAUUAUGGAUGACCGAUGAGCAGAAGCAAGAAUUGCAACAGAUGCGUGAUAAUGGGUCAUCGUUUGAUGAGAUACACAAAAAAGUUAAUGGGCAUUUUCUUAAACUUCCUGAAACGAUGCAAGAAGAACUCAUAAAUGAUUAUAAGAAGAAGUGUAGGAAAUACUUUGUGGCAUUGGCAAGCAAAGACGAAAUUGAAAAGUUACAAGCCGUCCACGACGAAACUAAUCAUCUCGAACAUGAAAAAAUCAUUAAUGAAAUUUUGCAUCGACAACCACAAAAUGUACGAGACAAGGCUUAUAAAUUUUAUCAGAUAUGUGAUGAUGUAUAUCACAAACAGUCUAAUCGAUCAAAGCGUGAUAUUGAUCACCUAAUGGAGAAACACUUGCGAUGGCUUACACCUGAGCAGAAGGCAGAAAUCAGGCAGAUGAAAGCAAGCGGCGAAUCACUAUCUUCAAUUAAACAGAAAUUAUUCUCCUAUAUCGCAGUUAUGGGAACUGAUGAACAACUUCAUACCGUUGAAAAAACUAAACAGUCUUGCUAUGCUUGGCUCGAGAACGUCACUUCCGUGGAGGAAAGAAUCGAACUGGAAAAUUUACACCACACUGAUCAUUCUGCCUGCAAGUGGAAGGUCCGAGAGUACAUCAAGCGUCUAUCGCCGCAAAAGCAGCAAGAAGUAAAUAAAGAUCUGGAAAUUUGCGAACAUAUAUGGUACAAUCAAGGCAACCACGGCAGUGGUCAUGAACAUCAUCAUCAUCAGCAUCGAGGAACUCGAUUGCUUCAUCCGCAGAUAUAUACGGAAACAAAUAGUCGAAGCAAACGAGAUAACCAUGAGCAUAGUUUAGAUGACUAUUUUCGGACGCAUCUAAGUUGGCUUACGGAUGCCCAAAAGGAUGAAAUCAGGAAAAUGAAAGAGGAAGGUAAACAAAAAAUGGAUAUGCAGAAAAAAAUCCUUGACUACUACGAAAAUCUAACCGGUGACGGAAAGAAAGAAGCUGGUGAGAAACUCCGUGGAGGUUGUCGUGAAUUAUUGAGGCAAAUUGUUGGUGAUGAAAAGAUGGCUGAAUUAAAACAGAUGAAAGAAUCAGGACUCGGUCAGGAAGAACUGAGAGCUAAAGUAGAUGAAAUGCUGGAACAUGUUACUGAUGAAGCCAAGAAGCAAAAAAUUCAUGAAUAUGGCCCUGCAUGCCGUAAAAUCUAUGAGGAUCGACAUAAACGAGAUAACCAUGAGCAUAGUUUAGAUGACUAUUUUCGGACGCAUCUAAGUUGGCUUACGGAUGCCCAAAAGGAUGAAAUCAGGAAAAUGAAAGAGGAAGGUAAACAAAAAAUGGAUAUGCAGAAAAAAAUCCUUGACUACUACGAAAAUCUAACCGGUGACGGAAAGAAAGAAGCUGGUGAGAAACUCCGUGGAGGUUGUCGUGAAUUAUUGAGGCAAAUUGUUGGUGAUGAAAAGAUGGCUGAAUUAAAACAGAUGAAAGAAUCAGGACUCGGUCAGGAAGAACUGAGAGCUAAAGUAGAUGAAAUGCUGGAACAUGUUACUGAUGAAGCCAAGAAGCAAAAAAUUCAUGAAUAUGGCCCUGCAUGCCGUAAAAUCUAUGAGGAUCGACAUAAACGAGAUAACCAUGAGCAUAGUUUAGAUGACUAUUUUCGGACGCAUCUAAGUUGGCUUACGGAUGCCCAAAAGGAUGAAAUCAGGAAAAUGAAAGAGGAAGGUAAACAAAAAAUGGAUAUGCAGAAAAAAAUCCUUGACUACUACGAAAAUCUAACCGGUGACGGAAAGAAAGAAGCUGGUGAGAAACUCCGUGGAGGUUGUCGUGAAUUAUUGAGGCAAAUUGUUGGUGAUGAAAAGAUGGCUGAAUUAAAACAGAUGAAAGAAUCAGGACUCGGUCAGGAAGAACUGAGAGCUAAAGUAGAUGAAAUGCUGGAACAUGUUACUGAUGAAGCCAAGAAGCAAAAAAUUCAUGAAUAUGGCCCUGCAUGCCGUAAAAUCUAUGAGGAUCGACAUAAACGAGAUAACCAUGAGCAUAGUUUAGAUGACUAUUUUCGGACGCAUCUAAGUUGGCUUACGGAUGCCCAAAAGGAUGAAAUCAGGAAAAUGAAAGAGGAAGGUAAACAAAAAAUGGAUAUGCAGAAAAAAAUCCUUGACUACUACGAAAAUCUAACCGGUGACGGAAAGAAAGAAGCUGGUGAGAAACUCCGUGGAGGUUGUCGUGAAUUAUUGAGGCAAAUUGUUGGUGAUGAAAAGAUGGCUGAAUUAAAACAGAUGAAAGAAUCAGGACUCGGUCAGGAAGAACUGAGAGCUAAAGUAGAUGAAAUGCUGGAACAUGUUACUGAUGAAGCCAAGAAGCAAAAAAUUCAUGAAUAUGGCCCUGCAUGCCGUAAAAUCUAUGAGGAUCGACAUAAACGAGAUAACCAUGAGCAUAGUUUAGAUGACUAUUUUCGGACGCAUCUAAGUUGGCUUACGGAUGCCCAAAAGGAUGAAAUCAGGAAAAUGAAAGAGGAAGGUAAACAAAAAAUGGAUAUGCAGAAAAAAAUCCUUGACUACUACGAAAAUCUAACCGGUGACGGAAAGAAAGAAGCUGGUGAGAAACUCCGUGGAGGUUGUCGUGAAUUAUUGAGGCAAAUUGUUGGUGAUGAAAAGAUGGCUGAAUUAAAACAGAUGAAAGAAUCAGGACUCGGUCAGGAAGAACUGAGAGCUAAAGUAGAUGAAAUGCUGGAACAUGUUACUGAUGAAGCCAAGAAGCAAAAAAUUCAUGAAUAUGGCCCUGCAUGCCGUAAAAUCUAUGAGGAUCGACAUAAACGAGAUAACCAUGAGCAUAGUUUAGAUGACUAUUUUCGGACGCAUCUAAGUUGGCUUACGGAUGCCCAAAAGGAUGAAAUCAGGAAAAUGAAAGAGGAAGGUAAACAAAAAAUGGAUAUGCAGAAAAAAAUCCUUGACUACUACGAAAAUCUAACCGGUGACGGAAAGAAAGAAGCUGGUGAGAAACUCCGUGGAGGUUGUCGUGAAUUAUUGAGGCAAAUUGUUGGUGAUGAAAAGAUGGCUGAAUUAAAACAGAUGAAAGAAUCAGGACUCGGUCAGGAAGAACUGAGAGCUAAAGUAGAUGAAAUGCUGGAACAUGUUACUGAUGAAGCCAAGAAGCAAAAAAUUCAUGAAUAUGGCCCUGCAUGCCGUAAAAUCUAUGAGGAUCGACAUAAACGAGAUAACCAUGAGCAUAGUUUAGAUGACUAUUUUCGGACGCAUCUAAGUUGGCUUACGGAUGCCCAAAAGGAUGAAAUCAGGAAAAUGAAAGAGGAAGGUAAACAAAAAAUGGAUAUGCAGAAAAAAAUCCUUGACUACUACGAAAAUCUAACCGGUGACGGAAAGAAAGAAGCUGGUGAGAAACUCCGUGGAGGUUGUCGUGAAUUAUUGAGGCAAAUUGUUGGUGAUGAAAAGAUGGCUGAAUUAAAACAGAUGAAAGAAUCAGGACUCGGUCAGGAAGAACUGAGAGCUAAAGUAGAUGAAAUGCUGGAACAUGUUACUGAUGAAGCCAAGAAGCAAAAAAUUCAUGAAUAUGGCCCUGCAUGCCGUAAAAUCUAUGAGGAUCGACAUAAACGAGAUAACCAUGAGCAUAGUUUAGAUGACUAUUUUCGGACGCAUCUAAGUUGGCUUACGGAUGCCCAAAAGGAUGAAAUCAGGAAAAUGAAAGAGGAAGGUAAACAAAAAAUGGAUAUGCAGAAAAAAAUCCUUGACUACUACGAAAAUCUAACCGGUGACGGAAAGAAAGAAGCUGGUGAGAAACUCCGUGGAGGUUGUCGUGAAUUAUUGAGGCAAAUUGUUGGUGAUGAAAAGAUGGCUGAAUUAAAACAGAUGAAAGAAUCAGGACUCGGUCAGGAAGAACUGAGAGCUAAAGUAGAUGAAAUGCUGGAACAUGUUACUGAUGAAGCCAAGAAGCAAAAAAUUCAUGAAUAUGGCCCUGCAUGCCGUAAAAUCUAUGAGGAUCGACAUAAACGAGAUAACCAUGAGCAUAGUUUAGAUGACUAUUUUCGGACGCAUCUAAGUUGGCUUACGGAUGCCCAAAAGGAUGAAAUCAGGAAAAUGAAAGAGGAAGGUAAACAAAAAAUGGAUAUGCAGAAAAAAAUCCUUGACUACUACGAAAAUCUAACCGGUGACGGAAAGAAAGAAGCUGGUGAGAAACUCCGUGGAGGUUGUCGUGAAUUAUUGAGGCAAAUUGUUGGUGAUGAAAAGAUGGCUGAAUUAAAACAGAUGAAAGAAUCAGGACUCGGUCAGGAAGAACUGAGAGCUAAAGUAGAUGAAAUGCUGGAACAUGUUACUGAUGAAGCCAAGAAGCAAAAAAUUCAUGAAUAUGGCCCUGCAUGCCGUAAAAUCUAUGAGGAUCGACAUAAACGAGAUAACCAUGAGCAUAGUUUAGAUGACUAUUUUCGGACGCAUCUAAGUUGGCUUACGGAUGCCCAAAAGGAUGAAAUCAGGAAAAUGAAAGAGGAAGGUAAACAAAAAAUGGAUAUGCAGAAAAAAAUCCUUGACUACUACGAAAAUCUAACCGGUGACGGAAAGAAAGAAGCUGGUGAGAAACUCCGUGGAGGUUGUCGUGAAUUAUUGAGGCAAAUUGUUGGUGAUGAAAAGAUGGCUGAAUUAAAACAGAUGAAAGAAUCAGGACUCGGUCAGGAAGAACUGAGAGCUAAAGUAGAUGAAAUGCUGGAACAUGUUACUGAUGAAGCCAAGAAGCAAAAAAUUCAUGAAUAUGGCCCUGCAUGCCGUAAAAUCUAUGAGGAUCGACAUAAACGAGAUAACCAUGAGCAUAGUUUAGAUGACUAUUUUCGGACGCAUCUAAGUUGGCUUACGGAUGCCCAAAAGGAUGAAAUCAGGAAAAUGAAAGAGGAAGGUAAACAAAAAAUGGAUAUGCAGAAAAAAAUCCUUGACUACUACGAAAAUCUAACCGGUGACGGAAAGAAAGAAGCUGGUGAGAAACUCCGUGGAGGUUGUCGUGAAUUAUUGAGGCAAAUUGUUGGUGAUGAAAAGAUGGCUGAAUUAAAACAGAUGAAAGAAUCAGGACUCGGUCAGGAAGAACUGAGAGCUAAAGUAGAUGAAAUGCUGGAACAUGUUACUGAUGAAGCCAAGAAGCAAAAAAUUCAUGAAUAUGGCCCUGCAUGCCGUAAAAUCUAUGAGGAUCGACAUAAACGAGAUAACCAUGAGCAUAGUUUAGAUGACUAUUUUCGGACGCAUCUAAGUUGGCUUACGGAUGCCCAAAAGGAUGAAAUCAGGAAAAUGAAAGAGGAAGGUAAACAAAAAAUGGAUAUGCAGAAAAAAAUCCUUGACUACUACGAAAAUCUAACCGGUGACGGAAAGAAAGAAGCUGGUGAGAAACUCCGUGGAGGUUGUCGUGAAUUAUUGAGGCAAAUUGUUGGUGAUGAAAAGAUGGCUGAAUUAAAACAGAUGAAAGAAUCAGGACUCGGUCAGGAAGAACUGAGAGCUAAAGUAGAUGAAAUGCUGGAACAUGUUACUGAUGAAGCCAAGAAGCAAAAAAUUCAUGAAUAUGGCCCUGCAUGCCGUAAAAUCUAUGAGGAUCGACAUAAACGAGAUAACCAUGAGCAUAGUUUAGAUGACUAUUUUCGGACGCAUCUAAGUUGGCUUACGGAUGCCCAAAAGGAUGAAAUCAGGAAAAUGAAAGAGGAAGGUAAACAAAAAAUGGAUAUGCAGAAAAAAAUCCUUGACUACUACGAAAAUCUAACCGGUGACGGAAAGAAAGAAGCUGGUGAGAAACUCCGUGGAGGUUGUCGUGAAUUAUUGAGGCAAAUUGUUGGUGAUGAAAAGAUGGCUGAAUUAAAACAGAUGAAAGAAUCAGGACUCGGUCAGGAAGAACUGAGAGCUAAAGUAGAUGAAAUGCUGGAACAUGUUACUGAUGAAGCCAAGAAGCAAAAAAUUCAUGAAUAUGGCCCUGCAUGCCGUAAAAUCUAUGAGGAUCGACAUAAACGAGAUAACCAUGAGCAUAGUUUAGAUGACUAUUUUCGGACGCAUCUAAGUUGGCUUACGGAUGCCCAAAAGGAUGAAAUCAGGAAAAUGAAAGAGGAAGGUAAACAAAAAAUGGAUAUGCAGAAAAAAAUCCUUGACUACUACGAAAAUCUAACCGGUGACGGAAAGAAAGAAGCUGGUGAGAAACUCCGUGGAGGUUGUCGUGAAUUAUUGAGGCAAAUUGUUGGUGAUGAAAAGAUGGCUGAAUUAAAACAGAUGAAAGAAUCAGGACUCGGUCAGGAAGAACUGAGAGCUAAAGUAGAUGAAAUGCUGGAACAUGUUACUGAUGAAGCCAAGAAGCAAAAAAUUCAUGAAUAUGGCCCUGCAUGCCGUAAAAUCUAUGAGGAUCGACAUAAACGAGAUAACCAUGAGCAUAGUUUAGAUGACUAUUUUCGGACGCAUCUAAGUUGGCUUACGGAUGCCCAAAAGGAUGAAAUCAGGAAAAUGAAAGAGGAAGGUAAACAAAAAAUGGAUAUGCAGAAAAAAAUCCUUGACUACUACGAAAAUCUAACCGGUGACGGAAAGAAAGAAGCUGGUGAGAAACUCCGUGGAGGUUGUCGUGAAUUAUUGAGGCAAAUUGUUGGUGAUGAAAAGAUGGCUGAAUUAAAACAGAUGAAAGAAUCAGGACUCGGUCAGGAAGAACUGAGAGCUAAAGUAGAUGAAAUGCUGGAACAUGUUACUGAUGAAGCCAAGAAGCAAAAAAUUCAUGAAUAUGGCCCUGCAUGCCGUAAAAUCUAUGAGGAUCGACAUAAACGAGAUAACCAUGAGCAUAGUUUAGAUGACUAUUUUCGGACGCAUCUAAGUUGGCUUACGGAUGCCCAAAAGGAUGAAAUCAGGAAAAUGAAAGAGGAAGGUAAACAAAAAAUGGAUAUGCAGAAAAAAAUCCUUGACUACUACGAAAAUCUAACCGGUGACGGAAAGAAAGAAGCUGGUGAGAAACUCCGUGGAGGUUGUCGUGAAUUAUUGAGGCAAAUUGUUGGUGAUGAAAAGAUGGCUGAAUUAAAACAGAUGAAAGAAUCAGGACUCGGUCAGGAAGAACUGAGAGCUAAAGUAGAUGAAAUGCUGGAACAUGUUACUGAUGAAGCCAAGAAGCAAAAAAUUCAUGAAUAUGGCCCUGCAUGCCGUAUAAUUUUCGAAAUGCCUGGGCUGUUGCGGAAUAAAAGGGAGCAAGUGAAUGAUAACAUAAUGCAACACAGUGGUGUGUACUUACAAUGGCUUACUGACGAAGAGAAAGACGAAAUUGGAAAGGCGACAGGAAGAAGCAGGUCGGGAGCCGAAAUACUGAAAGCAAUCUUUUCUUACUAUCAGAACCUUCAUGGAAAAGAGAAGGAAAUAGCUGGAGAACGCCUAAAAUUGGUAUGUGAAGAGGUCAUCAGGAGUUUAGUGUACGAAAAUCGAUUAAGUGAAUUACAAGCGUUGGAAGAUAAUGACUCUGCAGUGAGUGAAAUGAUGAAAAUGUUGUCAGCAACGAUAGAUAAGUCAAAGUUCAUACAAAUCAGAGCAUAUCAAACUGCCUGUAAUAGAAUCUUCGACUCGGGACAGAUAGUAAGAACGAAGCGCGAACAGAAAAAUCAUUCAUUAGAUGAUUAUGUUGAAAUGAAUUUAAAGUGGCUUUCAAUGGAUCAAAAGGAAGAACUGAGAGAAAUGAAGAGGAAUGGUAAAUCGAGGGCUGAUAUGAUUGCUAAGGUGUUUCAUUAUUACGAUGAAUUAUUGGGAGAAGCGAAAGAGUAUGUCAGUGAAUUGCUGAAAGACGGGUGUCGACAAAUUUUAAAAGAAGUUAUUGGUGAAGAUCGUUACAACGAAUUGGCAAAACUAAGGAAUUCGGGUGCAAAUAUGAAUGAUUUGAAAGGAAAAGCUGAUGCAAUGUUGAUUGAAAUAACAGAUGUAGAAAAGAAAGAAAAAAUUAAAAUUUACGGGUCCGGUUGCAAAAGAAUCCUUGCAACAGCAGAUCAUAAACAUUCAUUAGAGGAUCAUUUCAAAACGGAUCUGAAAUGGCUUACGAAGGAACAAAAGGAUGAAAUAUUAAGGAUAAAAGAGGAAAACAAAUCGAAAGUAGAUAUUCGUGGAAAAAUAUUGCAUUUCUACAAAAGUCUAAAUGAGGAAACUAAAAAGGAAAGGGCUGAAUUCCUCAGCGGUGUAUGCGACGAAAUGAUUGCGCACGUUUUCGGUGAAGAGAAAGCAGCAGAACUGAAAGAAUUGAGGAAAUCAACUAGUGCUGUCGAUGAAAUUAAGCGUAGGAUGGAUGUAUUGAUUGAAAGAAUUGAGGAUGAUGAGAUGAAAGCAAAAGCACGGGAAUAUGGUUCAAUUUGUCGGAAGAUUUUUGUUGACAAUCAAUAUAAACAAAAUGAACAUUCGAUGACACAUUACUUCCGUACACAUCUGAAGUGGCUUUCUGGAGAGCAGAAGGAAGAAAUCAAGCAAAUGAAAGCUAACGGAAAAAGUCGUGAAGAAAUCCAGUCCAAAAUUUUUGAGUUUUUUGAAAGUGCGAGCGGUGAAACAAAGAAAUAUGCUACUGAAUCACUAAUGGAAGGUUGCUACGAAUUAUUCAAAAUGAUUGGCGGUGAAGAGAAGGCUGAUGAGUUGCAUGUUAUGAUACAAAGUGAUUUAGCUGCAAAGAAGAUUGAAGAGAAAAUCACUUCAAUUAUCGAUUCUAUAGAUAAUGAAUCGAAGAAAGCUUAUGCUAAAGCUUACCUAACGCCAUGCAUGCAUCUCCACAAUAUCCGUAUGACUAGACAAAAGCGAGGGAAUGUUAUUGCAACAGUGAAAUGA